AUGUCUGAGACGGCUCCCGCAGUUCCUGCUGAUCCUAUUCCUGCACCUAUGGAGAAGCCUCCGGCCAAAAAGAGAGGGAGGAAGCCCGUUGGCCUGACAGGUGCAAGCCUCAAGACCUCGAGCCCCUCUGUAUCCAAGUUGAUCAUCGAGGCGUUGUCAAGGUCGCAAGAGCGAACUAGCAUGUCCCUGGCUGCGUUAAAGAAGGCAUUGACAGCAGCUGGGUAUGACGUAGAGAGGAACAACAGCCGCAUCAAGUUGGGCCUCAAGAGCUUGGUGAAUAAGGGUAUUCUGGUGCAGACCAGGGGUACAGGGGCCUCCGGGUCCUUCAAGCUCAACAAGAAGGCUGAUCUGGAUCCUAUCAAGGGCAAAGUCAGAAAGCCCGCCUCUGGCAAAGCCAAGAAGCUGGUCUUGUCCAGGGACUCGAGGUCUACAAAGGGUGUCAAGACCAAUAAAAGAGCCAAGCAGGCAAGGGCUGCAGGAACUAAAAAAGCUGCCAAGAGUGGGAGGAAGGCUAAAGGUGCCAAGAUACAGCAACAGCGGAGGAGUCCAGCAAAAGCCAAAACAGGGAAGCUAAAAACCGGGAAGCCCAAGUUGACUCAGCAGAAAAUAAAUCCUAGAAAGGCAGCCUUGAAGAAGUGA